UUUUUAUAACCGACUUGAUUGUAUCUUGUGUAUAAAGAAGAUCAGUUCCUCAGAAUGACGGCCACUCCAUCUUUAAACAAACACAGCCGCUACUUCACCAGCGUUACGCCCGAACGCUUCGCCGUGCUCCGCGGCCGCUUCGACCAGUUCCUCAUCCAGCUGGACAAGGACCUGCCAGUCGUCAAGGUCUUCGACCAGCUGCGGGAGGAGCAACUGGCACAGCUGGCCGUCAUCAGGGAGGUCAGCCAGACACUUCAGCAGAAGAGGGAUGAGGAUAUCUUGAAGGCUAAGCAAGCAGCAGAGGAAGCUGAGAAGAAAGCCGAGGCUGAUGCAGCAAAGAAAGAAGAAGAAAAUAAGGCAGGAGAAAGCCAAGAAGGAGAGCCGGAGGUUAAAGAGGAAGACAAAAAGGAGACUGUAGCGGCGUUGUACUCGCAAUAAAUGUAUAUUAAAAAUAAUUAUUCUAUUUAUUUAUUAUUAAAUUAUA